AUGGCUGGAGUUUAUAGAGAGACCACCCGAGUCUACCGGGACCCGACCGAGUACUCAUCCGAUGAAGACCGAUACAAGACUUCCACAGUCCGCCGUUACAAAGUAGCGCCAAGUCGAGUUGAGAGGGUCGAGCGCACUGAGCGUGUCGAAGUCGAAGAAGACGACCGCCGCUCACGAUACUCCGGCUACCCGCUGCGCACUUCCGGCGAGUAUGGCUAUGCUCCCGAUCGCCCGCGCUCCGCCUUUGACUCCCGGAGUCAGGUCGUUGAGCGCACGGUAACCGAGCGUGAGCGCGAAGUUAUUGACCCAUACAGAGGUGACACUCGCAGCGUCGUCUACGAAAAGGAGUACGAACGUGAGCGUGAGCGCGCACCUCGCUUCGAUGCCGGCCGUUUCGACGAUGUUCGCAGCGUCGCCGACAAUCGAAGUGUCAUCGAAGUCGAGCGCGAGCGUGUCGACUGGGACCGCCGCUCUAAUAAGUCCCAUCGCCACCACCACCAUCACCAUUCACCCGAGACAGAAGUCAGAGUCGACAAGCGCGUCGAACGCCGUGAGGAUGGAGACGUCACAGUCGAGAAGCGCGUCGAAGAAUACCGGGACGAUCAUGGCGGAGCAGAGGUCGAGAGAUACCGCAAAGAGACCGAGUUCUAUUCUCCCGUCAGCCCCCCGCCUAUUCCCCAACCCGUCAUCAUCCGUCAGCAAGCCCCGGAGCCACAGAAGAUUAUUGUUCAGGAAGCUGCACCACCCGCACCCAUCAUCGUCCCCCGCCAGGAACCUGGUAUUGUCGUCCUGAGAGAGCGCGAGUCCCCUCGCGAGGUUGUCCGCCGCGAUCCCCGCGAGGACGAGUACUACUACCGCCGAGAGACAAAGGAGCUUGGUCCUUAUCGCCGAGAUGAGCGUGAGUAUCACUACGACCGACGAGGCCGCGGUCGCGGCGAAUACAUCAGCGACGACGAGGAUUACUACAUGAAGCGGACUGUCAUUCGCCGAAACCGAAGCUCCAGCUCAGACCAUCACCACAAACGCCACCUUGCGGAGGGAGCUCUUGCCGGCGCCGGUAUUGCUGCUCUCGCUGCGAGUCGCAGAGAUGGCCGUGGUGAGCUUGGCGCCAACCGAGGAAGCAAAGUCCUCGCAGGUGCUGCUAUCGGUGGCUUAGGCACUGAAAUCAUCCGGCGGGCUCGUAGUGCGUAUGAAGACACUUAUCACGACGACCAUCACUACGGGUCUCGCUCGAGAUCUCGCAGUCGCAGCUCCCGCAUCAAGACUGGCCUAGGAAUUGCCGCUGCAGCGCUCGCCGUUGCAGGCGCCGCAAAGUAUUACCAGAGUGGAAAGAUCGAAAAGGAAGAAAUGCAUCGUGGUCGAAGCCGCGGCAGAGGCUACUCUGUUUCAAGCUACUCUGUAUCUAGAUCUCGUAGCCGCAGCCGCAAGAGCCGCAAGAGUCGUAGUCGAUCUGUGGCCAAGGCUGCCGCCGCGACUGCUGCCGCCGCGGGCUUGGUACAGCACUUCCGCAACAAGUCCAAGUCCAAGUCUAGGAGUAGGUCACGGUCUAAGUCUCGCAUCAGGACCGGGGCGGAAAUUGCUGCCGCCGGUCUUGCAGGAGGAGUCGCUAGCAAGAUUUACAAGAACCGCAAGGAGAAGAAGGACCGCGAGGUAGAUCGUGAACUGGACGAGCAGGACUAUGAGGAGGAAGUCCGGCGGGAACGGCGGGAACGGCGUGAACGUCGUCGGUCGCGCAGCAGGUCCCAGGCCCGCUCUCUAUAUUCCGAGCCGCGCAGCGCUGAUCCUGAGCUAGGCUUAGUUGAGUACGGAACGGAACCGCUGCCGUCCGACCCGCCAUACCCGCCGGAUGACGGGUAUGAGUCUGCAGCGAACGAGAGGCGACGCCGUCGACACCGGCGUAUGUCUGGCGAUGAGUACGACAGCCACGAGCCGGCAAAGAAGAGAAGCAAGAGCCGAUUGAGAGACAUGGCAGCAGCAGCAGUUGGAACGGGAGCUGCUGCAAUUGGACUUAAGCAGUAUCAGAAGAAGAAGGAGAAGGAAGAGGAAAUACGCGAGGAAAGACGGAGGUACGAAGAGGAUGCUCGGGAUGGCGGGUACUAUGACAAUUACAGCCGGCCUCCCUCACCACCACACGCCUCCGGCGGCUCAUUCUACCCGCCACCACCAGCCGCCGCCGCUGGCGGCUUCACUCAACACCCCAACAUUUCGACAGCCAACCUAAGAGACCAGUAUCCACCGUACCCGUCCUCAGACUCGGUGUAUCCUCCGGGACCACCGCCAAUGGGGCCAUCUCCACCGAUGGCUACAGGCGGGGCCGGCGGUUAUCCUCCCCCUCCGCCUGCUGGUGGUCCUCUUCCACCAGAUGGUGGCCCGCCGAGAACGAGAUUCGGUCCUGACCAUGUGAGUGAAGACAUAUCUCGUAGCUCCUCACCACAAGCUGUCCAGCCAGCCGCCCACGAGCAACAGGCUGAGGAAGAGGCCAAGAAGGAGGAGGAAGUGCCGGCUCUCAGCGAAGAACAGCUGGCGACUCUGCGACCUGUGCUCAACCGCAAGCGCUCGUCCUCGGAUCCACCUAGUAGCAAAUCGGUAUCUCGUCGUCGUAAGCGGGAAAUCGAAACGCCUUCCGAAUCGGACGACGAGAUCGAGGCAUUGCCAGACCGCUUUGAUGCCCAGGGACGACCCGUUGGCGGUGGCAGUUCGGGCGCUAUGCGAUGGAGACAGGGGGCUUUCGAAAGCCGGCCCCGAAACGGCAACGGAGUACAUUCAAGCGGAGCAUGGACUGUCGGUGGCACAGAUGGCGAUGUUGUGCAAAAAAUCGCAAGCGACAUUGAAGGGAUGAUUAGCGGGCAAGGCAGUUGGAAGAGUCUGCUGAAGGAUGUGGUGGGAGCGGUUCAGGAAGCGCAACAUGGCGGCGAUUCGCGUAGGAUAGAGGACAGUGACGAUGAUGAUCAUGACAGUCGACGAAGGAGGCGGAGGAAGAGUGAAUGA